GAAUCCGGAUCCAUUUGGGUUUCAUAUUUUUGUCAUAUCGAUCGUCCAAACAGCCUCAUUUCCUAUCCCGCCGGAAAACCCUAGCUGAGCUCUGAUCUCUCUCUUCACCAUGGGAGACUUCAACGAUCCCUUCAUGCGCAACCAGAACUCCGCCGUGCAGGCGCGCACCAAGGCCCAGAAUCGGGUCAAUGUUCUUCAGCUCAAACUGAUGGGUCAAAGCCAUCCAACUGGCUUGACACCGAACCUCCUGAAGCUUUUUGAGCCACGGCCGCCAUUGGAGUACAAGCCACCUCCUGAGAAAAGGAGAUGCCCGCCUUAUACAGGUAUGGCUCAGUUUGUGAGUCACUUUGCUGAGCCUGGAGAUCCAGAGUAUGCUCCACCUCAGCCAGAAGUUGAGACACCUGUGGAAAGGAGGGCAAGAAUUCAUAAACUCCGACUGGAGAAAGGAGCUGAAAAGGCUGCAGAAGAGCUAAAUAAUUAUGAUCCAAAUAAUGAUCCUAAUGUUUCUGGAGAUCCGUACAAGACAUUGUUUGUUUCAAGAUUGAGCUACGAGACCUCUGAGAGUAAGAUUAAAAGGGAGUUCGAAUCUUAUGGACCAAUUAAACGGGUUCAACUGGUGACAGAUAAGCUGACCAAUAAACCCAAAGGCUAUGCCUUCAUUGAGUACAUGCAUAGCCGUGACAUGAAAGCUGCAUAUAAGCAAGCUGAUGGAAGAAAGAUUGAUGGUAGAAGAGUGCUGGUUGAUGUUGAGAGAGGUAGAACAGUACCAAACUGGCGUCCACGCAGACUUGGUGGUGGACUUGGUACGACCAGGGUUGGUGGUGAGGACAUCGUUAGGGAGCAACAGCCAGCAAGAACAUCCGUCUCUGAGGAACCCAGAUCUCGAGAUGACCGUGAAAAAUCACAUGACCGGGGUAGAGAAAGGGAAACGAGGGAGAGUAACAGAGAGGAUAAGCAUCACAGAGAUAGGGACCGAGGUAGAGACAGGGAUCGGGAGAGAGACAGGCGGGAUCGUGACCGUGACAGAGACCGUCGUGACCGUGACCGUGACAGAGGUCGUGACCGCACUCGGGAUCAUGAUCGUGACCGUGAUCGCAGUCGGAGGAGGGAGCGAGACUACGAGGGUGGUGAAUACGACACAGACCGUGGGAAGUCCCGUGACAGAGAUGCUGAGUAUGAGCGUGAUGGGUCCAAGCACCAUGACCGUGAUCGGCAUGGCGAGAGGGAGUAUGAACAUGGCGAGCCAGAGGAAGGUCAUGGGUACUAUGAGGGGCGUAGGCAUUCGGACCACUACGAACAUUAUGAGCGUGACUAUGAGCAGGAGCAAGGGGAUCAAGACCGUUACAACCAGUAUGCUGACCGUGACAAUGACCGUUAUGAUCGGAUGGAAGAGGAUGAUUACCGAUAUGAGCGUGGGACUUCAGAUCGCGAGUACAGGCGGUCGGAGUCGCGCGAGUAUGAUCACUGAGAACCUUUGUCUCAACGCUGUUCUGGUCUUUGUCCGACAUCUGAAGUGUCGUCUUGGUUUAUUUGCUUUCAUAAUAUUUGUCUUUCUUUUGUUUGUUUAUUGUGCGAGCGUCAAGGAUCUGUAUCUUGUUUUCGUCUGGAACUCCGAACCUGGGACCGCUUUUUUCCCCGUGAAACUAAAAUUGCAAGUUCUUGUUUUUU